AUGUUAGCAAGGAAGUGGGAUGAACAAGGGUAUGAAGCCAGAACAAAAGGAAAAGAAAAACAAGAAUUUCUGAAGAGGGAAACAGAGGAGAAUGCAACAAGAAGACUAUCCAAAGAAGCUCAGAAGGCUGAACAUAAAGGAGAGUGCCAAAAAGCAGAGCCAAGGGAGAAUAUCUACUAUGUUGAGUUAGCAAGUGAUGAAGAUGAAGAAAAGGAAACGGAAGCACAAACAGAUUGGGAAACGCGACUUGCAAAGAAGUUGGAGCUGAAUUUGAAAUUAAAGAGGAAACGAGAAACCAAACAUAUUCCAAUGCUAACUUAUAGGGAGAGACAGGAGGAACAAGAGGAUAGAGAACCCAAGAAAACAAAGAACAGCACCAACUCUAAUGGGUGUUUUGUGUAUGGCAACCCAGUUUUCCAAAAGCGAAGGAAACUUUGGCGGGAGCUUACGAUAAGUAAUAGGAAUAGGGAAGAACCUCAAGCUGUUUUGGGGGAUUUCAAUGAUAUCCUAAGUCAAGAUGAAAAGAAAGUAGGUACACAUGGUACAACAACCCAAGAAAUAACUUUGUCACUAGGGAAAGGCGGAUCAUUGUGCCUUAAUUUUAGAAACACAGCCGAAAGAUCGGAUAAAAAAGAAUUCAGAUUUGAGGCUUUUUGGACAGAGCAUGAGGAAUGCGAAGAGGUUAUUAGGAGGACUUGGCAGCAGGAUGAUGGAAACAGAAACUAUUGGAACCAAUUUAUUAGAAAGAGGAGCAGAUGCAUAAGGGAAUUGAAGGAGUGGAGCAGAAGAAAGUUCAAAAGGGCAGAUAAAGAAAUAGAAAAAAAGAAGAAUGAGCUACAUCAAAUACAAAAGGGUGAUAUGACGGACAGAGAUCAAAUAAGAGAGAAAGAACUAAAGAACCAGAUAACUGAUCUUUGGAAACAAGAAGAGAAAUACUGGGGGCAAAGAUCAAGGUUGAAAUGGCUUAACUGGGGAGAUAAAAACACAGCCUUCUUUCAUGCAACAACCAUACAGAGAAGAAUGAGGAAUAGAAUUGACAAACUAAAAGACGAGGCUGGACAUUGGACACAGGGAGAAGCAGACAUUAUGAGGCUAGUAGAAACACAUUUCACCAAGCUGUUCACCUCGGAAGGGGAUAGGAACAUGGAAGACUGCAUAAAACAUAUACCUACGAGGGUCACGAGAAAGAUGAAUGAUGACCUAAUGGCAAAGAUCAAAGAUGAGGAAAUUAAGGACGCAGUCUUUAGCAUGGGAAGCUUAAAAGCCCCGGGCCCAGAUGGAUUAAAUGGUCUUUUCUUUCAACAGCAUUGGGAUAUUCUGAGUAAAAAAGUGUGUGGCGUGGUGAGGCAGAUUUUUGAGGAAGGCAGUUUACCAGAGGACCUAGGUGAAACAACGGUGGUUUUGAUUCCAAAAGUGAGGCAACCGGACAGCCUGAAUCAACUCAGACCCAUCAUCUGCUGUGUGCAAGAAGAGGAGAUUUAUCAAUUAAUUCAGAUCAUAAACAAAUAUACAGAGGCAUCAGGACAGAGAAUAAAUACUGAGAAAUUCGGACUGAUCUUUGGAAUCCAGGUAUCGAUUCAGAGGAGAGUUAAUAUUAAAGAGAUCACCGGAAUGGCGUCGUGGGAAGAGCCAGGUAAAUACCUAGGAUUACCAGCCACUUGGAGCAGAUCCAAGAACAAGGCGCUAGAGUGGAUUGAAGAGAAAAUUAUAGACAAAAUGCAAGGAUGGAAAGAGAAACUUUUAAAUCAAGCGGGAAAGGAGGUUUUGAUAACGGCUGUUAUACAGGUGAUUCCGGUCUAUGCCAUGAACAUCAUCAAAUUUCUUAAAUAUUUUUGCAAGAAAAUUGAAUCAACAAUUGCAAAAUUCUGGUGGACCAACAAUGGUAAGGAAAGAAGCAUUCAUUGGAAGAGCUGGACAAAAAUGACCAAGAGCAAAUUAAACGGAGGCUUAGGGUUUAAGGAUUUUGAAAGCCAAAACAUAGCACUCUUGGCUAAGCAAGCUUGGAGACUGGUAAAGGAGGAAGGUGCAAUAUGGGCUCGGAUUCUAAAGGGCAUUUACUAUCCAAAUUGCAGCUUUUGGGAAGCGGGAAGAGGAGGCAACGCAUCAUGGAUUUGGAGGAGUAUGUUGGAGGGUAGAGAUUUUCUCAAAAGGAAGGGAAGGUGGAAUUGUAGGAAGUAG